AUGAACGGAGAUCACUCUCUAAUCGUAUCAUCCAAGCAGCAAAAGUCAUUACGUCUCGACGCUUUUGCAACCAAACUAGCAGAGGACAAUCCUGCCAAGAUAUCGGCGAAUGGUUACGUUGAUAAUAGCCUCGAAAACGGCACCGUCAAAAUGUUGGAGGCGAAAAUAGAAACUCGAAUGUGCAUCGAGUGUGGCAGUGGCUUUCUGGGUGGUGGAGCUGCUGAAGUAUGCGACACGUGUUCAGGUGUAGGUGGAGCAAUGCAAAUGGGGGUUGGACUUGUAUGUCCGCUGUGCUCAGGUCUUGUGCUCAAUCAUAAUGCGGCUCGUGUUUGUACGUCCUGCAAAAAGUUCGUUCAUCGUGAAUGCGAUAGAUCUGAUGUUAACAUGACCGAAUUUGUUUGUGCGUCUUGCCGAAGGUCACCACUAGUUGGGGACAUCAUGUUGUCGGCCGCUAUCGGACCAGCUUCUCCAUUGGGUGCCGAAUCUGACUCCAUCACGGUUCCUUCAUCAACAUCCGUAUCUGAUUUGACGCUCAAUCCUUUUCGAUCAAGCUCCCCAGUCACUACUGGGGCAGUUGUUCCGGACUUCAACGUGGACGUGUACAACAUGUCAGAAGGAAUCUCCUCUCCAGCUACCACGAGUGAUUCUGCGCGCAAUUCUCCAUUUUACCCUGAGAAUUCGCCAUCUGACGUAGAUGAGGAUUUCGUUCCUGGAAGCUCCCGAGGAGGUUAUACAUCUCGAGGUCGUGGUGGCGCGAAGAAGAAACCAGGCCGUGGUAGUUCCUCCAAAACGAGAGGAGCAAAACCACCAAGUGGUGAUCCGUCGAUUUUUCCUCCUUCCACCCGAGGGAAACGCGGAAAACGAGGAUUGAAAGUCAACGGAAUCGGAAAGGCCCCUGGUACAGGUCGCGGCCGAGGACGAGGGCGCGGAGCAAACUCGCAAUUACAACAAAGCGCCGUUCUUCAACAAAUUAUAAUGCAGCAACAACAACAGCAGCAGUUGCAGUUGCAUCAACAACAGCCACAAAUACGAGAGGUGGAUGAGACCAUGUUGGGAGAAGAUGAUGAUCGAAAUGCUCGAGCCGAUGAUGUGGAGUACGUCAGAACAGCCAUCAUAUGUGACGCGCAAGACCAGUACAUGCAGCAGUCAAGCAUAUGCCUCGUGUGCGGCGCAGUUGGAAAGCCCCAUACUCAAGAAAGUUCUAUGGUUGCAUGCUGUAAUUGCGCUCAAACCUUUCACACCUACUGUUUGAAUCAAGCCGUUGUCAAUCGAGGUUGGCGAUGUCUUGACUGCACGAUAUGCGAAGGCUGUGGAGAAGGCAAAGAUGAGUCGAAAUUGCUUCUCUGUGAAGAAUGCGACGUUUCUUUUCACAUUUACUGUCUAUCUCCGCCCCUUGACCGCAUUCCUAAUGGUCCUUGGAGAUGCCAGUGGUGUGCACGAUGUCGUCGAUGCAACGUAAGAGUCACCUCCGGCACCGAUUUAUCUCGAGAAGGGCUGUGCACUACUUGCAGUUCAUUACGAAAAUGUCCUAAAUGUUCUAAACUCUAUAACAUUGGUGAGAAGAUCAUCAAGUGCAGUGCGUGUGCUCGGUGGUAUCAUGGAACAUGUGAGGAUCUUUACAACGAUGAGAUGUUGGAGUCCGCAUCAGCUAAUAAAAUGCGUUGCUCGGCGUGUCGACCAAAUAGCAGGACGACAUCUGCCCUGAUGGGAUUAAGCGACCAUUCAAGCCUCCUCAUUUGUGAUAAUGUUGCCUUAAACAAAUCUGCUGAGGAGGUACUGCAAUCGCGUUUCAUGCCAAGCCUCUUUCGUCCUAAUCCGGUCGAUUCCUUUGGCUACCGAUCGGAAAGUUUCGACCACUAUGGCACGGAAGAUGAUUUCCUUCAAGAAGAAAUAGAAAUGUUGUCGACGAGCACACGUGGCCGUGGCAUGGGCAGAGGUGGCGGACCAGGUCGAAGAGUCCCGAAACUAGGAGUCGGCGGAUUCUUCGUAAAAAUUCCUCGUCAUCGAUUAUUGACCAUGGAAGAUGAUUUACCCGAUGAAGACGGUAAUAAGAAACAAAAAAGGCCACGGAAACCGCGCCGAAGUCAGCUGGAAGACGCCUAUCCACCUGCCAUUCAAGAAGGCUUUUUCGGAAUGCGCCCUGUAGAAGGAAAAGCGUUGAUCGACGCUGUAGUAGAAGAACCAUCUCUAGCGGAAUAUGGUAAAGGGAGAACUACCACCGCUAUUGAAGCCGUUGGACGGGGGCACGAACUCUCUCAUGAAGCUACUGAGCAGUUGAAAAAUGAUUUGACGGAGGUCGACAUUCUCGAGAAUCUCGAUAUUGGAGAAGUCGAUCUUGACAAUAUGGACAUGGAUUUCACUAACUGGAUGGAAGACGAUGAGGAUGACGAUUUCGAUGACAGCCUUAAUGAUGCUUUCGACAUUGUCAAGGCUGAUGGGUUCGAGCCCUCGACUAACAGUGAUCUAGCUUCCACUCCUGUGUCGUCUGUUCCGACCGGCCCAACAACUUUCCCGAACGACGUGACGAACAUUACUCCAGCUCCAGCUACGCCUGCAUAUUUAAUGGCAAACAAAGCUAAAUCGUUAUCGCGAAGUAGCAGUCAAAUGGAUGGUGUAGAGAAAAAUAAUCCAACCACAGAAAGAUGGGAGGAAGACGAACCGCUCGGUAGUCAGGCAACAAAAGCGGCUGUUCUCUAUGCUAACGAGAGGCACGCUUACCUCAAAGAAAAAUAUCCGGAUUGGAAUGACCGCGUAAAACAUAUCCAGCGUUUGUGGCGAGUACUUGACACAGAAAAUCGUCAAGACUUUGUGAGCCGAGCUAGAGAAAAUCGUGCGAAUCGCGGAAAACAACCAAGAGUGAAACGUGUAGUUUAUAAACAUGCUGCUGCUGCUGCAGACGAACGGUUCAAAGUUCCUAAUGUGCCUGGAGGUUCACAGAUGCGCUCUGAUUUUUACCAUUCCGAAAUGGGAGGACAAGUACCUCAAGAAGUACCUGUGCAACAAAUCCGAUCGACAGCUCAUUUAACUCAGCCGGUACUUGAACAAUACGAGUUAAUGCGUACUAGAACUCUCGACUUGCAAAAGCAUCAGCAGGUUAUCGAGUCAGAUCUGAACAGAAUGAGAAAGCAAAAGAAGAAUCUUGCCGCAAAAAGAAGGCAGAUGAUGAAAAGCGCUGGAACAGAUGCAGAUGGGAAACAAAUACCGGUGGAUUUGAAUGAGCAAGAUCGAAUGGCGUUGCAAAUUUUACUGGAACAAAUUCCUUCUCGGCAAAAGGAUCUGGAAUCUUGUAAACGUGACUUGAAGACACAUCUGGCUACAGUAUAUGAAUUCGAGCAUAAAUGGAACAUUGUGCGUAAUGUUGAACCCGGCGAUGCGAUGCGGAUGGCCAUGGCCCAGCGUGCUGCUGCUGGAGGUGCUCCUCAACCAGUAGCUGCAGGAGGUGCUCCAUUGCCUGGAACACCGCUCUCCUCGCCGACACAGAUGCCUGGUGCUUCGGCGCAGUUUCAUCCACCAAUUGCUGGUUCAUCACCUCAGUUCCAACAAAUGCGAGUUCCGCAGCAAGUCCCUUAUGGUGCUGUAUGUGGUCCUCCGCCUCAGGAAAUGAUGCAGCGUCCUCCUAUGCAAGUUCCUCGACCACACAUGUGGACUCGCGUACCAGCACCUGUACUUGGCGGCAUCCUGUAUGAGCGAUUGCAAACGCCGUUCGAGAAAGAGGUUUACGAAUGCCUGGACGAUGUUGUCAGUCGAGUGUCAAUGCACUUUGACGGGCGAGAUCCUGCUCGAGAAGGGUCUGGUAUGUUGAAGAGGUUACUCGAACCUGCGAUGGGACAGCAAAUGCCUCCCAUGGGCCCAGGUCCUCAGGGUCCGCCAAGUCAUUUGAUGGACCAGCUAGAACCACCACGGCCUAAGAAAAAACGAGCGCAGCAAAAGAAGUUCGAGUCCGUGGGAAUGGGAAAUGAGUACGACCUGAUGGUAGAGCGUGUGAAUACGCAACUGCGACUUUGCGAACAGUUGCCGAAGCGAGCUAUGGAACCUGCACCCCGCAAUCCUGGUGCAGCUUUUGCUACGAUGGGUAUCAGCGACCUGCCUGAUAGGAGAGAUAAAAGAGCUCUCAUUGGGAAAGAAUUUGGCCACCUGUCUUUAUCAUUUGUUGAUGAUUACUAUACUGGCAAAGGACGUGAUACGGAAUGCCUAGAGAUGACAAGUCUUUCAAUGUCUGAUCUCGCCCCGCAGGCUAAUCUUCCAGCCUUGACGAACAUACCACCACCUCCGUUGUACGAAAUGGUGGUCGAUGCCGAAGAUGCAGCAUUUGGUUCCUUUGAUCAGUGGGCAGUGUUCGCCAACUCUCUUGAUCGUCAACCGUGUGCGAGUCAUAUGCGUGUCGCAAGCAAGAUUCCUGAAUUCACGAUCCCGCUUGAACCUCGUAGAAAAGUCUUCAGUAUGAAACCAGAUACCGUGGAAGAGGUAGAAGUCUCGUUGGUGGUGAAAGAGGAAACGUCAGUGCCACCAGGAACAGGCGUUGCUGCACUGUUCGAACAACUAAGAUCAAUUCUUGGCGUUGAACAACCGAUUGAAUACCAGCUGGACACACCACCACUGUCUCCUGAACCUUCUACAAAAUCCGAAUCUGUCGAUAAUAUCAAACGGGAGCUUCCGGAUGUGACUCAAACUCCGAUUUCCGGUGGAGGUAGAUGCCGUGCGUGUGAUCGAAGUAUGGAAGCAGUGCUCAUACAACAAACAAUGAGUCAGUUGGGAUUGACGCCGAGUGAUGAUGAGAAGGAUGAUACCGUUUGCUUCUGCUCGAUGAAAUGCUACUACCAGUUCGUCGCUGCAAGCAAGGUAGCGUUGUCACCCGAUCAGCUCACCGCGGCCGAAUCACAUGUCGACGAGGAAACGCUCGCAAAACUACGACAAAUAAGCGCUGAGAGUUUUGCCAAGUGCAUCAACCAGGGAAAGAUGCGAAUGGACCUACCUGCUGCCCCUGCUGUGCCUCCAGAUGCGUUUUUGACAUCUCCUCGUGAUACGCGAUAUGUAAUGGACGAGGGUCGUCGAGACAAUGUGCAGAUUAUUCGAGUUGCUGACUUGGCAACAAUCCAAGAUGCUGCUCAACGCAAAGACACAACUCGAUCCCCAGGAGAUGACUGGAAAGCGUAUAAUCGUGAAUUACUGCACUCUUUCUUCAAGAUUCAGCAAACUAAGCAGGAGCUGGCUUUAUCACCAAAGAUGGGCGUUGGUUUGGGAACAUCGUUCGAACUCGAUAGACGAGUAUGUGUGCUCUGUGGCGGUAUUGGCGAUGGUGAUCCAGCACUUUGCGGACGAUUACUCAAUCUGAGUGCGAAUCUAUGGGUGCAUGUGAAUUGUGCCAUGUGGAGCACUGAGGUGUUCGAAACGACGUCUGGAGCUUUGCUUCAUGUAGAUCGUGCAGUUAUUCGCGCUGCUGGUGUAAUUUGUCACUUAUGUGGGCGGGUUGGUGCCAGCGUACAGUGCCAUAAAGUGGACUGCAACGUGAACUUCCAUCUUCCAUGUGCUGCAAAAAUCCAAACGGCGAAGUUUGUCAAGGACAAGACCUUCUUCUGUACGAAACAUCCGGAAAUCAGCCCCGAAGUUAUGGUAACUUCAUUGGAAGCUCUUCGACGGAUUUAUAUUGAAAGGGAUGAGAACGCCUUCUUGUCACGGCUCUUCGAUUAUUCUGACUCAUGCUCGCGGCUUUGUCUGCGAAUUGGUGCCUUAUGUUUCUUCCAAGUUGGACAGCUUCUUCCUGAUCAAUUGAAGACGUUCCACAAUGCGACGCAUAUAUUUCCAAAUGGGUACCACGUAUCGCGGUGGUUUUGGUCGCCCACUGAUCCGCGAAAGCGAGAAAUUUACGAUUGCCACAUCAAAGAUGUUGAUCAUCGUCCAAAAUUCGUCGUCUCUCAUGCAGAUCAUACAUACGAGGGUGAUUCUGCUACUGAGGCCUGGUCACAAGUGGUUAAUUCCGUUGAGCGGAUACGGUCGCAGUCAGAUGCUCUCCGAUUUUUGGCGAAGGGAAUUCAAGGAGAAACCUUAUUCGGAUUGAACGAAUCGGUGAUCAGCAAAAUUACAGAAUCGUUGCCUGGUGUCGACGGAUUGUUCACGUACACUUUUCGCCAUCCGAACAGCCCACUCUUGGAUUUGCCGCUUGCGGUGAAUCCUUCCGGAUGUGCUCGCUGCGAACCACGAUUCCGCACCCUAAUUAAGCACAAACAACGUGCGCUUGCCAGUGCACCGUCAACAAGUCGCUCUACGCAAGACGGCGGCUCAAGCAGUAGUGGACGAACGCGAGGACGCAUAGCAGCUUCUUUCACUGAUGAGCUUGCUGCUGCUCAAAUGCGAGCCAUGUUGCAAGCUUCUGGUAUCGGAUCCGAGUGGGCCUUGGCGUUGGGAGGUCGUGAACCAUUCUCGAGCAAUUCCCAAAGUUAUACUCUCUACCAGAAAAUGCGAAAAGAUUGGCGUCAAACUGUGUACUUGGCUCGGUCGAAAAUUCAAGGACUCGGACUUUAUGCGAAGCGCGAUAUUCAUAUGGGUGAUAUGAUCAUAGAGUAUAAGGGAGAGGUGAUAAGGAGUGAGGUAGGAGAAAUGCGAGAAAAACGAUACGUGGCACAAAAUCGAGGUGUCUAUAUGUUUCGUAUUGACGAGGAUCUGCUUGUCGAUGCAACGAUGGCCGGUGGUCCAGCUCGGUAUAUCAAUCAUUCUUGUGAUCCCAAUUGUUCUACUCGAAUACUUGCUGCUGGACCGUAUCCAGAGGACAAAAAGAUUAUCAUUACGGCUAAUCGUCCGAUCAAGGCGCUGGAAGAGCUAACAUACGAUUACCAGUUUGAGUUGGAAGAUACAACAGACAAAAUCCCUUGUUUAUGUGGAGCGCCGAACUGUGUAAAAUGGAUGAAUUAG